AUGAGCAUUGACUUCAGUCUCAACGGGAAAGCUCAUGCAGGUUCACUUCCAGAGCCCUUGCAGAAUCUGAAAGGGAGAAUAUACAGCAGCGCUCAGUAUGGAAACAGACUGCUGUUCCACUUACUCUACCCAUUGCUUGAACUCUGCUUCCUCUGCUCAGUCCCGACAGACUACAGCAAGCGCAUUUACCAAGGAGUGAGAGUGAAGCACACGGUCAAAGACCUCCUGGCGGAGAAGCGAUCACGGCAGAGCAGCGGCUCCCGAUUCAGUGGCAGCACCAGUAGCCCCCAGUCCUCAUUUGUCCAAAUGUCAGGUUCCCCCACCAUGUCUGGCUACUACGGGAUGAGAAGACCAUUUGCCUCCGAACUGGACUUCCACAGCACAAAGCAGCUCCCCAGCGAGGUCUAUGCAUCCCCGCUGGCAGCAAAGCCCUUCCCGGGAGACUCCUCUGCCGUCCAAGGGUACCCGCCAUUGCUGGACCCCUACUUCAGCGACCAGUACGGGGACUAUCGCACCCCGCCCGGCACCAGCUCCCUCUUUGGCACCUCCUCGCUGGCCCCACUCCUGCCACCCUUCCCCAAUGACCAGGCACAUUUCCUCAUAAGAGACUCCUGGGAGCAGACCAUGCCGGACAGCCUCAACCCCCCGGACGUCACCUGUUCUGACUCCCUGCAGACGCUGUCGACCGCAACCAGCUGCCUCCCCCAUGAGAGCAGCGGCGCUUCCCAAUACAGGGGCUCGAGCUGGAGCUCCUCACUCCCUGGAGCCCAGUCUUACUCUCUGCACGCUUUGGAGGAUGUCCACUAUGCAUCCGGGUACCCUGGCACCUCGCCCUACUCCUUCCCAUCCUUUAUGACUGUACCCAAUGACCUGACUCCCAAGAUGAUCCAUCUCUCGUCAGACGAGGUCUCCGAUACCACCUCCCUUCACGACAACUCUUCGUGGGGCAAAGAAGAUGGGAGUCCGGUCUGGGGAACGUAUGAAUGCAGGCGAACCUACUGAAGGAGGGCGCUGGCAUGAAAGACAACUCAAACUGAUGUACUGCUUGUAGGAACCUACCUGUAGUCGGUCAUUCAGCGCUGAGGAUAAGGGACUUCCUUAACAGGCCUGGAGGCAGGAGUGCUAGGAGGGGUUUCAGAUGAAGGACAAGGCCCGUUUUUGAAGCAGCAUGUUGCUUUCUGCUCUGUUUAACUAUAUCAGUGUCAGAGUUCCUGGGUACCUGAUAAACAGGGUCCGUGAUCCACUACCCACUUGAAGUCAAUGGCAUUUGUGAGCUCAGGCUUAGGCCCAAUUUGGGAAAGGGGAAACCUUAAAGAUCUGUGUGGUCAUGGCAUUCUCCGGAGAAAUGGGGCUCGGGUGCUGCUUUGUAGUGCUGGUGACGCUGCGUCUGCAGGGACUCAGCAAAGAGGGCAGGGAGCCUUUCCAGGGCACUUCUGUCUUGCAUAGUGCUCUCUAAGCAGACAGAGCCGUGACCUCCAAACCCCACUGCCCUGGCCUGGGGGAGUGCUCUGGAGGGGGGUCACGAGGAGCUUUGUUCAGACAUACUAGGCCAUGACAAAUAAACCGGUACAACCUAAACCCAAGUGCAGAGCACUGUUUAAGGGAGAGCUUGAGGCCUUGUGAAGGGCAGCCCGGCUUCUGUUGUUGUCUACCGACAGUGUGAACUGACUUCUGACAGGCCCAGCUACCCACUGCCAUAGGCAAUCACAUAACAAGAGAGACGCCCCACUUCCAACAGCUGGAAUGGUCCCCCAACACGUGAAUGGUCAAUGCAUUUCCACCGGCCUUCACCUGGCUGCACAGACCAGGGCCCACCUUUCUCCCCAGGUCAGAGGCAAGAGCGCGUGGCAGGGAACCGGUCCUGCU